ACACAGCUAGCAGGCCGGCCUGCGUAUUUCGGCACUGCUAGCACAAUCACUUCACAGCCAUGCCGCUUGUUCUGCUAGUGCUGCUGCUGCUCUUGUCCUGUUCUUCUCCAGUUGCCCUGCUAGCAGCAGCGCAUGAACAUGACGAGUACACACUCGUGGCGAAGAGCUCGCUGAAACCCAAAGCUACGUGCACCGGAUACAGGGUGUCUCCACCCCAGAACAUCACGUGGGUUCCAUUGAACGCCCCUCACGGGCCGUGCUCGCCAUUGCCGGGCUCGGCGGCGCCGUCCUUGGCCGCGCUGCUCCUCCACGACCAGCUCCGCGUCGACGGCAUCGAGAGGAGGCUCUCUGACAAUCCCCAUGAUAGUAAGUUGGUUCCGGCUGGCGGAGAGGAUUUCCAAACGAACGGCAAUUUACUUCAAGUCAACUACGGCAAUUCAGGACAGCCUAUGAGCUCCGAGGCCCAGCAGAGCGGCGUGGUUAAUGCGUCGGCUGCCGGCGGCGGAAGCAGAUCCAAGCUGCCCGGAGUGAUCCAGACGGUGGUUCUGGACUCGGCGAGCGACGUGCCGUGGGUGCAGUGCGUGCCGUGCCCCAUCCCGCCGUGCCACCCCCAGGUGGACAGCUUCUACGACCCGAGCAGGUCUCCCAGCUCUGCCCCCUUCUCGUGCAGCUCCCCGACCUGCACGGCUCUCGGCCCCUACGCCAAUGGCUGCGCCAACAACCAGUGCCAGUACCUGGUCCGCUACCCCGACGGGUCGUCCACGUCGGGGGCCUACAUCGCCGACCUGCUCACCUUGGACGCCGGCAACGCCGUGUCGGGCUUCAAGUUCGGGUGCAGCCACGCCGAGCAGGGCAGCUUCGACGCCCGGGCAGCCGGCAUCAUGGCGCUCGGCGGCGGGCCUGAGUCGCUGCUGUCCCAGACCGCGUCCCGCUACGGGAACGCCUUCUCCUACUGCAUCCCGGCCACGGCUAGUGACUCCGGCUUCUUCACCCUCGGCGUGCCCAGGCGAGCCUCCUCCAGGUACGUCGUCACGCCCAUGGUCAGGUUCAGGCAGGCGGCCACGUUCUACGGCGUGCUCCUCCGCACCAUCACCGUCGGCGGCCAGCGGCUCGGCGUGGCCCCCGCGGUGUUCGCCGCGGGCUCGGUACUAGACUCCCGCACGGCCAUCACGCGCCUGCCGCCGACGGCGUACCAGGCCCUGCGCUCCGCGUUCAGGAGCAGCAUGACCAUGUACCGCUCCGCCCCACCCAAGGGGUAUCUGGACACGUGCUACGACUUCACUGGCGUCGUCAACAUCAGGCUGCCCAAGAUCUCCCUGGUGUUCGACCGGAACGCCGUGCUGCCGCUCGACCCGUCGGGCAUCCUCUUCAACGACUGCCUCGCCUUCACCUCGAAUGCCGACGAUCGCAUGCCGGGCGUCCUAGGCAGCGUGCAGCAGCAGACCAUCGAGGUGCUAUACGACGUCGGCGGCGGCGCCGUGGGAUUCCGCCAAGGCGCGUGCUAAGAGAUCCAUGUGAAGGAGACAAUAAGCUAUACUAUAUAUAUAUAUAUAUACUAUACUAUCUAGUGCUAAUUUGCUUGGCAACCGAGAACAAAUAAAUCACUAUCAAGACAUGUAAAAGGACAUUUGAAGUAUGUCAAGAAAUUAAGAAACUCUGGAGUGAUACCUUA